UGCUUGCCAGCGAGAGAGUGAGAAACAUCAAGCUCCAGCUAGUGAGUGAGUGGGAAGCUAGACUUGUGAUUUUAAGUGAGAAGGAAGCUAAGCUAGCGAGCCAGAGAGAGAGAGAGAGAGAGAGAGAGAGAGAGAGAGAGAGAGAGAGGAUGGGUAUGGGGUGGAAAGUUCUGAACGAUGUGAAGCCAUACCUGGCGAUGGUGCUGUUGCAGGUGGGGUUCGCCGGGAUGUACAUCAUCGCCGUGGCGUCCCUCAAGGCCGGGAUGAGCCACUUCGUGCUCGUCGUCUACCGUAACCUUGUCGCGACCGCCGUCAUGACGCCCUUCGCCCUCUACUUCGAGAGGGGACUGAGGCCAAAGAUGACAAUCACCAUCUUCAUCAAGGUCAUGGGGCUCGCAUUCCUCGAGCCCGUCAUGGACCAGAACCUGUACUUCAUGGGCGCGAAGCUGACCUCGGCGGGAUUCGCGACUGCCCUCGUCAACAUCCUCCCGGCCGUGACCUUCGUGCUGGCCCUCAUCCUGCGCAUGGAGAAGGUGCGGCUGCGGAGCCUGCAUUGUCAAGCCAAGAACGCCGGCACGGUCCUCACAGUGGCCGGCGCAGUGCUGAUGGUCCUGUACCACGGCCCCGUCAUGCAGUUUCCGUGGACCAAGGGCCAGCACCACUCCACCGCCGGUGGCCAGGGCGCUGGCGGCGCGCGGGACUGGCUGAACGGGACUAUCAUGGUCAUCAUCGCCUGCGUGGCCUGGGCGUGCUUCUUCAUCCUCCAGUCGAACACCCUCCGAAGCUACCCGGCGGAGCUGUCGCUCACCGUGCUCAUCUGCAGCAUGGGAUCCCUCAUGAGCGGCGCCAUCGCCCUCGUCGCCGAGCGCGGCAACACUCAGGCGUGGGUCAUCGGCUUCGACACCCGCCUCUUCACCGCCGUCUAUGCCGGCAUAGUGUGCUCCGGCGUGGCUUACUACGUGCAGGGCAUCGUGUCCAGGCAAAGGGGUCCUGUGUUCGUGACGGCCUUCAACCCUCUCUGCAUGAUCAUAACCGCCGUCAUGGGUUCCAUCAUUCUCAAGGAGGAGAUCAAUCUCGGAAGUGUGAUUGGUGCAGCCAUCAUCGUGGGAGGCCUCUACUUUCUCAUCUGGGGCAAGAGCAAGGACGAGAUCAACAAAGUCUCCGACGUCAGCGUCAAGGGCGCCGGCGAGCUGCCCUUAACCUCGGUGACCAACGACCACGGCCACGGCAAGCAGCACGAGCUCGGCAACAGCAAUGGAAGCCAUGUCUUGGACGUCAAGACGCCUACGACCAAUGGCCACUACGAGAUCGACCGGAGUAGCGAGUAGCUACGUGCUAUACGUUCAUCCAUCUUCCAUCGACCAGUAUGUCUAGCUUUUUCCUUGUAGUGCAUGGUCCAUCGAUCGAUCGUGCAUGAAGACCAAUUUUGUUCUCCAUUUUCUUCUUGUCAGCUUCUCUCUAGCAACGAUCCUACACUACCGGAAAACGGUCCUACCCCGACGGCCAAAACUAUGCCUACGGCUGCCGUCGGCCUACUUCGAGCUAUGCCGACAGCCUAGUCCUGGCCGUCGGCUUAUCCUGGCCGUCGGGCUACACCUAUCUACGCCGACGGCAGCCGUCGGCAUAGAACGGCCGUCGACCUAGAUGCAGACACGCCGACGGCAGCUGUCGGCAUACCUGUGGGCCCGGCGACCACGCCCGUGACCAGCGGCUAAUGCCGUCAAACCUAUGCCGACGGUCGGGACGGGCGGUCGUCGGCAUAUCUUGGCAUGCCAUGUCAUCGGUCCGCGGCGUAGAUAUGCCGACAGCAUAGGCGCCACGACAUCGAUCCGCGGCACUGCGCCCAC